UCCACCGUGAGGGAUGUGUCGCGGUGAAGCAAUACUGAUAUAAUGGACUAGGUUCCAUUUCCUGAACCUGAAGCCGAGCGUGACGAGGUGAGAAAGGAAAGAUUAGUAUCAGGGUCCAGGUCGCGCAUCGCGGUUAAGCUGGCGGCGGCCCGGGUCCGGCUAGGGAGCGGAUAAGGAUGAGCUCGACACAAGCACAGUCGCCUCAAAGCAUCCUUUGCUGUUGGUAAUUUACCACCACUAGCAGUGCUGUGAUACUUGUCGCUGCUGCUUGCUUCUCCGGUCUACAAAGACCUCAGCUUUCCCACUUCCACUUCUUUCUUCCAAAGCUUCGCCUUCCUUCUCCUCUCGUCUUCCCUCCCCUCUCCUCUCUCUCUCUCUCCACGUUCUUCCUGCUCUGCACUUUGCUGUUUUGGUUGAGGAUCGGGAAUGGUAAUAGACGAUGAAUCGCCGCUCAGAGUCAAUACCAGAGGCGGCGCCAUGGGAGGAGGGGAGUGCGACGGGGCGGAGAACCAGCGGUGGCCGCCGUGGCUCAAGCCGUUGCUGGCGACGAGCUUCUUCGGUCAAUGCAAGCUGCACGCGGACGCGCACAAGAGCGAGUGCAACAUGUACUGCCUCGACUGCGUGAACGGAGCGCUCUGCUCCCAGUGCCUUUCCUACCACCGCGACCACCACGCCAUCCAGAUACGGAGGUCCUCCUACCACGACGUGAUCCGGGUGUCGGAGAUACAGAAGGUGCUGGACAUCACCGGCGUGCAGACCUACAUCAUCAACAGCGCGCGCGUCGUGUUCCUGAACGAGCGCCCGCAGCCGAGGCCCGGCAAGGGAGUUACCAACACCUGCGAGGUCUGCGAGCGCAGCCUCCUCGACACCUUCCGCUUCUGCUCCCUCGGCUGCAAGAUCGUAGGAACCUCGGGCGACUACCGCAUCCGGAAGAAGCACGCCAGCAUCAAGAAGAAGAAGAGGCCGCAUAAGGGCGCGGUGGCGGCGUCGGACUCGGAGGACUCGUCGACGAGCGUCAGCGGCGGGAGCGACAAGAGCAGCGUGGUGCAGAGCUUCACCCCGUCGACCCCGCCGGCGACCGCCAACAGCUACCGCACGGGCAAGCGGCGCAAGGGCGUCCCGCACCGGUCGCCGUUCGGCAGCCUCAUGGUGGAGUUCUAGAGCAGAGCAAUGCGCCAAGGGCGAUCGCACGCGCCCUCGCCAAAAACUGCGGUACCACUGUAGCAAUGCACACCUCUACAUUACAUACCAUCUAUAGCUGUUGGAUCGAUCGAUCGAUAUAUCAUAUAUACAUAGCUAGCCAUAGGAGCAAAGCAAUAACGAGGCCCCAUUGCACGCCUGCGCUUCUGGACGAGGAGGCCGGUGCAGUGCGGGACGGUCAUUUCCAUAGUUGCACGCAGUUACUGUGCUAGUAACAACGGUUUGGGUUUGGGGUCUCUGAAAGAGAGUACCGUAGUAGAGGUAGUUACUCUUCUCCUCAGAACUACUAAGUUUUGCAAGUUUCUUUAUAGGGGUUUUAAGUUACCAGUGCUUGAUAUAGUAGUAGAUGUAAAUAUACGUAUACUGUCACAGAUGGGGAAUGGUAGGAGUGUAGCUCCGGUGUUCACAUUCGUACUUGCCUUGCCUGUAAUAAAGGAUAAGAAUGCUGCUCCUGAUGGCCUUCAAUAUCAUGGUUGUUUGCUUGCUUGA